UUCUAAUGUUUAAAUUAUCGAUACGACUACACACAUUUUAUUUGAAUUAUUAAUUUUCAACAUUGAUACUACGAUGGUUGUUUGUAUUUGCCAAUGGAUAAUUGUUGUUGGCCUGCUCAAUAUUUGUUUUAUAGAUGGUCACAAUGACCACAUGUGGGUGAAAUAUCGAAACAAGGACUUUAUGCUAGUCCAUCAAAAAAUGACAUGGAUGGAAGCUCAGAGUGUAUGUUAUUCACUUGGCGGCUUUCUUGCAACUGUAUCGAAUUCUGAUGACAUGAAGUUUAUCAAGUCAAUGACAAGCGUAUACCCUAACACGGUUUGGUUGGGCGGUACAGACAUGUUUGCGGAAGGAAGAUGGGUUUGGAUAGAGAAUUUAGAGCCAAUAUCAUAUAACCACUGGUAUAUGGGUAGUCAUCAACCAGCCGGAGCAUCGGCAGAGAAUUGUUUGAUUUGGCAUAACAGUAAUGGAUAUUUUUGGCAUGAUGUUACCUGCAAGUCUAACUACAAAUUUGUUUGUCAGCGUUAUACAAAGAGGAAAGAACAAUGAACAGUGAAGAAAUAUUUUAUUAUAGGAUUCAAAUAAAAUAGAAGAAUAA